AUGCCGCGGCCUAAACCUUGUCAACAUCAUCUUCGUCAUGUGGAUUCCGUCGAUUUACCGAAGGGACGUCAUCCAGUUUCAUCUGAAUUGUUGAAAUUCAUGCGCAAGCGUGAUGAAAUACAGAACUUGAAUGUACGUUGGCUGUGUCCCAAUUGUUUUACAUUCGAGACAAAAGAAUGGAGACAAAGUCAACAAAUGAAAACUCAGUUGGUUGAUUCGGAAAAAACAGAACACACUGAAAGUGAUGAAGAUAGCACCGACGACGAAAACAAUGAAGAAAACUUUUCAUCUGAAUCGAAUGGUAUAACUAGCUCUAGUUCCCGAGAAAGUUCUAGUUCAGAUGAGAAUUUAUACGAGCUCAGUUACAAGCAAGAAAAAGCAAUGGAUAAAUUGACAAGCAUGUUUCAAGUUCUUGGUUUGCCUCUUAUACACGAUCAAUCAAAUGUGGCUCCAAUUCGUCAACAAAUUGAUGAGCUUUACAGAAAUCUUCAUCACUUGUGUGAUGUACUAGAAGGCAAGGAAGAGGACUCGAAUGAUCCAAAUCCUCACAAUAUUCUUGUAUCAGAGUCUAAUGAAUUGUUAACUGGUUUGAAAAGUCUAUACAAGGAUAGUGAUGAUUCCGAGCAAAUUCGAAUAAUGACUAUUUCACCUAAGCGAUGGGGUCGUGAAAAGAUUCAAAAUUGGUUUCAGUCCACCGAAAAUCAAGCUCGUCAAGCUGUCGUACUUCGUCGUCAAAAUCGUGUUCUCGUUUAUCCUGAAUACUCGACAGGCAACAAGCCUUUGUCAAACAAUAUAAUUGAAGCUGUUGUUAACUUCUAUAAAGAAGAUGGUAUUAGUCGAAUCUCUUCUAAUUCCAAGGAUAUUAUUCAAAUUAAUAAGAACUCAGUAACGUUACGCUUCAUGGAGAUGACAGUGCUUGAAGCUUUCCGCAUCUUUCAAGAACGAUUUCCUAACACCGUCAGUCGAUCAACAUUCUAUUCUCUUCGACCUCGAGAAGUCAAAAUUUCUUCGCCACAUGAUACUUGCAUUGAUGGUGCAGCCAAUUGUUUCAAAAACAAUUUGAGCAUACUAAACCUGGCUUUUCACAAGGAAGACUUUGGAAUCGACGCAUGUUGGACUUAUACAGCAACAGGUCAUGGUAAAGGAGCUGGAGACGGUGUGGGAGGUUUACUUAAGUCAACUGCUCGACGUCAUACCUUCUCGAAAAAUAUUCUUCUCUCGUCUGCACGAGACUUCUAUGAAUUUUCAAGAAAACAGCAGAUGGAAACAGCUGCAGCAUCUGGUAAGAAUGAGCCAUCGGUUCACGUAUUCUUCCUUGAAGCGAAGGAAGUAAAUCAGAUUAGCAUGGAUAUAAUUCAUGAAAGAAGUAACAUUCUCAAAACAACAGGUUUGGCAAGAUAUAAUUCUACCAUGUAA